AUGUCUUUGCUCGAGAGUCAUGUCACGGUUCAGAAGAGGGCAUAUUACUCACCACCUUGGGCGGAUGUCAGCAUCAUCGCCGUGGCCGGGAGCUCGGGCUCUGGCAAGUCGACGCUCUCCCAGGCGAUAGUCAAAAAGCUCAACUUGCCAUGGGUUGUGAUUCUCUCCAUGGAUUCAUUCUACAAGACGCUGACACCAGAGCAAUCGAGGCUCGCGUUUGCCAACGAGUACGAUUUCGACUCUCCCGAGGCAAUCGACUUUGAUGUCCUCGUCGACCGCUUGCGGGACCUCAAAGCUGGGAAGCGAGCAGAGAUUCCGGUAUACUCGUUCGCGAAGCACCAACGCCUCGAACACACCACCUCCAUCUAUUCACCGCACGUGCUCAUUCUCGAAGGAAUAUUUGCCCUGUACGACCCUCGCGUCGUCAGUCUCCUCGACAUGGGAAUAUACUGCGAGGCUGAUGCCGAUACUUGCCUCGCACGGAGAAUCGUCCGCGACGUCCGUGAGCGUGGGCGUGACAUUGAAGGGUGCAUCAAGCAGUGGUUUGGAUUCGUGAAACCUAAUUUCGAAAAGUUCGUAGAACCACAGAGAAAGGUGGCUGACUUGAUCGUUCCACGCGGUAUUGAGAAUCAGGUGGCCUUGGACAUGAUGGUUCAGUUCAUCGAGAGGAAGUUGUUCGAAAAGUCCACCCACCACCGCGAGGCCUUGUCGCGUCUCGAGGCGGCAUGCAAGGAGCAGCCGCUCUCCGACCGCGUCGUGCUUCUUGACGACACGCCUCAGCUCAAGUUCAUGAACACAAUCCUCCAAAACAUCGACACAUCGGCGGAGGAUUUCAUUUUCUACUUUGAUCGGCUCGCCGCCCUCAUCGUGGAACAGGCGCUCAACAAGGUGCACUUCGCCCGUACGACGAUUGAGACGCCGCAGGGAUACAAGUUCGAAGGGCUCAAGCCAUCGGGAGAAGUAAGUGCCGUCAUCGUCCUUCGGGGCGGCUCGGCGUUCGAGUCGGCGCUUCGGAAGACGAUCCCGGACUGUCGAACCGGACGACUUCUGAUCCAGUCCGAUCAUUCUACGGGCGAGCCGGAGCUUCAUUACUUGCGGCUGCCGGACGACAUCCACGAGCACGAAAGCGUUUUGCUGCUCGACACGCAAAUGGCGAGCGGCGGCGCCGCUCUAAUGGCAGUGCAAGUCUUGGUCGACCACGGGGUGGCCUUGGAUAAGAUCGUUUUGGCCACCUACUCGGCCGGACGGCUGGGGUUGCACAGACUUGUGACUGUCUUUCCAGAGAUCACCGUCGUCGUUUGCAACAUCCUGGCUGAUCAGGAACAGCGAUGGGUUGAGAAGCGAUACUUUAGAUGCUGA